CUCGCACUAGCGUUCCCGCGAAAUGCCACAGACUCUCCCGCAUUUUCACCGACAAUUUCCCAUUUAUCGGAACAUUUCACGUGUCUAAAGCCCUUUUUAAUCGACAGUGACCCCCCAGUGAGUGAACACAUCCCCAAGGAAAACGAAAAAGUGCCGAAAAAGUGAAAGAGUCGAGGAAAUAUCGAGGGAAUUCACCAGCAAAGUUGGACAGUGCGCGCGUGGGUUUUUCCCUCGUAAUUAGUGAACAAUUUGUGUGAAAAAAUCACCGAAAAUCGGUUGCAACUUGUGCCUAGGAUAUCUGCGAACACCUGGAGACACUUUGUGAGUGAUUUCGGGGGAAUUUUGUCGGGAAAAACCGGGGAAAAAUAUUAGAAUUGUCGGAGCGUCGGGACGCUCAGCCCGCCGUGAUUGUUGCUGCAGUUGGUGCAUUAUCGAAGCCCUCGUACGCGCAAAAAUUGGGGAAUUGAGGGGUGGACACUUGAGGGAAUUGUUUGAGGUUCCAUUGACCCCCGGAAAACCGGAAAAACUCGAGUUUUCUUCGAGGUUAUGUUGUGUGUACAGAGGGCGUGACAGUACCGGAUUACCAGAGGGGUUGGUCAUAGUUUCGCGCGCUAGUCUCCCGCGCUCCACUCAUCAACUCCCGCAUUUUUCCAAUUUUAUAGCGUAAAUUAGUUGAUGAAUAAUUUUAAAAAAUUGGCCAUUUUAUUUCAAUGAAGUUGUGAGGUUGGAAAAAAAUUGGAAAAAUUUUUUUCGCGAUUUUUUCGAGGCCUUUUGGGCGACGAAAAAACGGUCGGCUCGGUCGGCGGUCAGAGGGAGCAUUAUGGCGAUUGAGUGAGAGACCCAAGCAUCGCUCUCGUCAUUUAUCCUCUCUCAUUUAUUCAAUUCGAGGGUUUUAUUGUUACUGAUACCUUUGGCGGUGUUGGGGGAGUGUUACCGAAGGCCUCUGAGAAAAUUUGGAUUUUUUUGGAGAAUUUUUUGGGAAAGAGAGCACACGUCAUCACGGACAGCAUCAAGAUGCCGCAGACUAGUCUCCAGGAGAAUCAUCCCUUCACACCCCAGGGAAUGAAGCCCCAACUCCUGAAACGUAAACGCAAGAGUACAGAACCAUCGGAGGACGCUGAGAAUAUAUAUCCACCGACUAAAAUAGCGACAGUCUCUCACUGUCAUGGGGCACGUAUUACGGAGACCCCUAAGACCCCCCAGAAUCACUCGUCCUCUCCCCUGAAGGAGCGUGAGCCCUCUACUUGGUCAGAAUUGCGAACGUCCACGUGCUUUCUAACCCCCUCGGCCUCUUCCACCUCCUCUGGCAAGCCAAGUCCUCUCCCCUCGUUUCCCUGGGCCGAUGGCUCACAGGUGUGGUCGAUGAUGUGCCUGGGAGAUCAGAAGACACUUACCCAGAGGGACUCGCAGAUGUUCCAGAGGCAUCCCACACUGCAGCCCAGAAUGAGGGCUAUUCUUCUGGAUUGGCUCAUCGAAGUCUGCGAGGUUUAUAAACUACAUAGGGAAACCUAUUAUCUGGCUAUGGAUUAUAUCGACAGGUAUCUGUCGACACACUCUAAUGUACCAAAAAGUCAACUACAACUCAUUGGCAUCACCUGCUUAUUUAUUGCUGCCAAGGUUGAAGAAAUUUACCCCCCAAAAAUCGCCGAGUUUGCCUACGUGACCGACGGUGCCUGCACAGAGGACGAGAUCCUCGGAAAGGAGCUGAUAAUCCUGAAAGGUCUCGGCUGGAACUUGUCCCCAGUGACGCCACCAGGUUGGCUGAACGUCUACAUGCAAAUGGAGUCGGGCGAUUGGUCCCGGCCACACGCCUUCAUCUACCCUCAGUACAGUGGCCUCCAGUAUGCCCAGGCAGCUCAGCUCCUGGACCUGGCGACCCUCGACGAGGGGAGCUUGAAGUUCCCUUACUCCCACAUGGCAGCAGCUGCUGUGUACCACACCCAGGGUCGAGAGUGCGCCCUCAGGGUGUCGACCCUCUCCUGGGAGCAGCUGGCCCCCUGCGCCAAGUGGCUCAGUGCCUUCGCCCACAUCAUAGCCGAAGACGACUCCCAACUGCUCUCAAGGUCAACAGCACCCCCUGUCGAGUCUCACGCAGGCUCUGGACUGAGAGCAGCUGUACCCAACAUCGUCCUGGACGAGUCCCACAGGAUCCAGACGCACGUCGUGGACCUCGCUAUGCUCGAGAAGGCACAGCAGAGGCACAAGGACUUGGAAUUUCAUUCACUAGACUCUUUAGACUCUACCAGUCUUGAUACAGGCAGUCCUGAUCAGAGUGGCAUCCUCACUCCACCGUCCAGCAGCCAAAAAAACUCACCCACACCACCUAGGUUACCUCCACAACUCGAACCUUACACGUAAUUGAGGCUGGUGGGUGAGUGUCUGAGGGUCAUUAAGGGCUCGAUUAUUAUUCAGUAAGGAAGUGGUUAAAUGCGCAGGGAGAAAAUAUCUUGAAUCAAGAAUACACUAUUUGCAUGAAUGAAAAAUAGAAAUCCUUCGUCGAGAAUAUAUAUUCUUGAUUCUAAAAUUCAACAGAUAAAAAAUCUAGAAAUAUCUGUCUAGGAUUCUUGAAUUAAGAUUAUUU